AUGAGCGAAUUCAAGACUGACCUGAAGACCUACGAGUUUAACCACACUAUGAUCCGUGUCAAGGAUCCAAAGGUCUCGCUCGAGUUCUACCAGCACAUCCUCGGUAUGAAGCUUAUAUACAGUGAGGAUUAUGAGACAGACAAGUUCACGCACUAUUUCCUAGCAUUUGUGAAUGCUCAAGAUCUGGCCACUUUGGACACAAAGUCGAAGGACGAGCGCCGUUCUUACACCUUCAGACGUCCUGGUGUUCUCGAGCUGACUCACAACUGGGGCACUGAGAACGAUGCUGAUUUCAGCUACGCCAACGGCAACAAGGAGCCUGGACGUGGAUUUGGACAUAUCUCCAUCCAUGUCGACAACGUCGACGAGGCCUGCAAGCGGCUCGAGAGCUUUGGCGACAAGAUCCAGUGGAUCAAGCGACUCGGACAGUGCAACAUGAAGGACGUCGCCAUUAUCGCCGAUCCAGAUGGUUACUGGAUCGGGGUCUGUGACUACUAA